AUGCAAACGCAGCAAAGCAUCAAAGCAGCAGCAGACAGGCGCAGACGCAGACGCAGGCGGAUGCAGAAGCAGCAAGUGGCAGCGGCAGCAGCAGAAGCAGCAGAUCACCCGCCAGAAGCCAAGCAGCACACACCGAGUGACCAAGAAACUCGAACCGCAAGCCCAGCAAUACCUACCCCCCAGUCGGUCGACUAUCGGACAAUCACCGGCGGGCGCUGUUCCAUUGCCCCUCCAUUGUUCGUAUCCUCCGGCCAGUUUUUUUUUCUUUCAGCUGCCCUGUGGGUGUCGCUGGAUCAGCCGGCGCGUGCCGCUGCGCAGUGCGGGCUGUUCUUCUUUGACGUCGCCAUCCUCGGAUCCGGAACCUGGAGGGCCGUUAAGGCCUCCGCUAAGCACCGAGUCCCUACUCACGUACACUGCACUGCACUGCACCGCACCACAGCGCCCACCACACGCUACAAAGUACGACCUCCAGCGCCUUGCAGCGGCCUCCAGUGGUCUCCAGUGCCUACCACACGCCCGAACACGCCUGAGCAACGCCUGAGCAGCGCCGAACAAACACCACCAACCGCUGUUCCCACCACGGUUCGCACCACCACGCCCGUGCUAAUACCCUCACACCCGCCCGCCGUCGCCCGCCCUUAUAGCUGCACCCUCUCCCCUCCUCCCUCCUCCCAGGCCCCGAGAGUCAGGCCCCAGACUGCCCGCGACCCAGGCCCGGAACCCAGCACUGAGAACCCAGAACCCCUCCACGGCCGUCCUCCUCACCAUCUCAUCUUGUCCAACUCCUCCUCGUUCUCCUCCUCCUCGUCCUCGUCCUCCUCCUCGUCCUCGACCGUCUAUUUCUGA